ACAAUAACAAUAAAAAGAGGCCCCGCUUCCCACCCCUUAACACCGGACCACCGGUGGGGCAGCCACCAGAGCCACCACAGAUCCGCAACCUUCAGACACACAGCACCCGGGAGUGAAAGAGCGACAUGGCGGCGAAGGGCAACCCCGAGAACCUGUUCCUGGUGGUGCAUGGCGCCAGGGACCUGCACCUGGAGAACUAUCCUAUCCAUGAACCAGGCCCAAAUGAGGUACUACUGAAGAUGCAUUCUGUUGGAAUCUGUGGCUCAGAUGUCCACUACUGGCAGCAUGGACGAAUUGGGAAUUUUGUUGUGGAAAAACCCAUGGUGCUGGGGCAUGAAGCUUCGGGAACAGUCGCAAAAGUGGGAUCAUUGGUGAAGCACCUCAAACCAGGUGAUCAAGUUGCCAUUGAGCCUGGGGCUCCCCGAGAAACCGAUGAAUUCUGCAAGGUUGGCCGGUACAAUCUGUCACCAACCAUCUUCUUCUGUGCUACACCCCCUGAUCAUGGGAACCUCUGCCGGUUCUACAAGCACAAUGCAGACUUUUGCUACAAGCUUCCUGACAAUGUCAUCUUUGAGGAGGGGGCCCUGAUUGAGCCACUGUCUGUGGGGAUUCAUGCCUGCAGGCGAGCUGGAGUCACCUUGGGGAACAAGGUCCUUGUGUGUGGAGCUGGGCCAAUAGGGCUGGUCAGUUUGCUUGUGGCCAAAGCAAUGGGAGCAGCUCAAGUAGUGGUGACUGAUCUGUCUUCUUCUCGGUUGUCCAAAGCCAAGGAAGUCGGGGCUGAUUUAGUCCUCCAGGUCUCCAAGGAGACCCCUCAGGAGGUCGCCAGUAAAGUGCAAGGUCUGCUGGGGUGCAAGCCGGAUGUCACCAUUGAGUGCACCGGGGCGGAAGCCUGCAUCCAGGCUGGCAUCUACGCCACUGCUUCCGGUGGGACCAUGGUGCUCGUGGGGCUGGGCUCUGAGAUGAACACUGUACCCCUUUUGAACGCAGCCGUCCGGGAAGUGGAUAUCAGGGGCGUGUUCCGAUACUGCAACACGUGGCCAGUGGUGAUUUCGAUGCUGGCGUCCAAGACUGUGAAUGUAAAGCCAUUAGUCACUCAUAGGUUUCCUCUUGAGAAAGCUCUGGAGGCUUUUGAAACAUCCUAGAAGGGAGUGGGAGUGAAAGUCAUGAUCAAGUGUGACCCCAAUGACCAGAAUCCUUGAUGAUAAUUGGACUCGCCCUCAUCCCCCCUCCGAGCACCUCAGGGCCCAAAGGCUGGGGUAGGUGUGGGUUUUGAUGCCAAAGUUUCUUUUGAAUGGUGAUUCAAUAAUUAAUAAUUAAUAAUUAUAAUUCUUUGUAAACAGAAGGCCUUAUCCAGAGGAGUUAGUGUUCCUUAAAUACACAAGUAGGGAUAGUUUUGGGGAACUUGUAGCCUGAAUGA